AUGAGCUCUAAACAACGGCGUAUGGACCAUUCAGAUGACGAAGGAACUCACCACAGUCGUGAUAAAUUUACACGCGAACGAAGAAGUAGUCUUGAUCGAAGAGAUGUUCGUGACCACAAUAAUUCAUCACCUGAAGAGAGAGAUUUAACGAACUAUUCAGAUCGACGUUCUAAAAGAAGACGAUCUAUAUCGCCUGAUUCAAGGAGACCACAACAGCUUGAAGGAGAUCAUUACAUUCCCAACUAUGAGAAGGACGGUUAUACACCUGCUCCGAGAUACGUUGGUAGACCAGGAGAUAUGAGAUUUCCACCACAUGGGUUUCCAGUCAGUUUAUCACUUGGAUUUAAUGUAGGACCAGCACCACAGAUUAUGCCUCCUGGUGGGCCUCUCAUGACAAUGGAUUGGACAGGUCCUGGAAGACAAGAUCCGCCGAAAGAUCCCGAUCAACUUGAUUUUUUAGUGACAUUCAAGUAUUAUGCCGAAUUCCUUCAGAUGUCAAAUCCAAAAGCACGAUAUACAGAUGACGAUUUGCAUAAAAAAUACAAUGAUUAUAAAGAAGCUUUUGGCAUUAAACAAUUGAAAACCUUUUUUGAAGCACAUAAAAAGGAAGAAUGGUUUCUUGAAAAAUAUCAUCCAAAGUAUAUGGAACCAAGGAUUACAGCAACUAAGGAAUUAAAAAAGAAAAAUUAUCAAAAUUUUAUCACGGAUUUGAAAAGAGGUCUUUUCGAUCAUAUUGUUAACGACGUUGAAGAGAAUAAAGAUGAAAUAAAGACGGAAGGUGAAUCUAGCGCAGACAAAAGUGAACAGGAUGAUGAUGCUAAUAGGCUUUUUAUAAAGAGCGUAUCACCCAGCAUUUCCAGGCAAAAAAUAGAAGAGAUGUGCAAAGAAAUUCCCGGGUUUAAAUAUCUUGCUUUAUCCGAACCAAACCCUCAAAAAAAAUUUCAUCGUCUUGGCUGGAUUGUUUUUGAAGAAGGAACUGACAUGGAUUCAGCAUACGAAAGACUUAAUGAGCAAAAGAUUGAUGAAUUCGUUUUUUACUUGGCUCGUCAUAAAAAUCAAACUGGGCCUGUUCGUAAUCGAACUACACCAGAUGUUGCUAAUACUCUUGAUAGAUUGAAAAAAGAUUUGGGAAUGGCUGUUAAGCUUUCUGAAAAGCUUGAUAAGGACGUUGAUGUUACAAUGACUGGAAGUCAACAUAUCAAACAAAGACUUGUCUUAAUUGACGAUGGUCAUCGUCGUGAAGAAAUAGAUAAUAUUAAGAGGAUAUUGGAUGUUCAUAUUGAAUACUUGCGUCGGACCCACCUUUUUUGCUACUAUUGCGGUUGUGAAUCUGAUUCUGUGGAGGAACUUAACAGAAAAUGCCCGGGUCGUCAUUUGAGGAGUUUACCUGGAAGCAACGAUUCUAAAUCUGCCGGAAAAUCACAAAAAGAAAAACAAAUUAACGUAGCCACAACAUGGUUGAAAACUUUAGAUAAUAAAAUUAACUACAAGACGGAACCAUCAAAAUAUGAAAAUGAGGUUGAUAAGAAUGGUGGACUAAAUAUUAAACAGGUUUUGGAAAAUUUUUACAGUGAAAAUAUUAUUGAAGUGGAACCUGGUCGUAAAUUCAAAUGCAACCUAUGUAGUAAAUUGUUUAAAGGAGCAGAUUUUGUUAAGAAGCACAUUGAUUACAAACAUCAUAAUACUGUCGAUACUACAACGAAUGAUGUGGCACUUGUUCCUCAAAGUGUUACACCUAUUCCACCUAACCCAUUCCCGGUUAUGACUAAUGCACCACCACCUCCAUUCAUGAAUUUCAGUUUUCCUAUUAUGGGCGCAGCAGCUGGAACGCCUCAUGAUCAAAUUCCAAGGAUUGGAUUUGAUGAAAGAGAUGAUAGCCGAGAGCGUGGCUCCAGACAAACACCUGACACAAGAAGACAACCAUCUAGACCUAAUGAUCUUAAUGCGAGUUCUGAUCCUCGCCAGGUGAAAUCAUAUGUUGAUCUGGAUGCACCUGCGGAAGGCGACAUCGAAAUUAAAUAUUGA